AUGCGAAUGGUGCUGUCAGUAUGGCGAGAUGAUUCCGAGAUCAAGAUCCCGCAGCCAAAAACUCAGUACAUCACUCAGGAUACCGAGGACUCGCUCAAGCUGGGGACUCUAGACACGCUUCUCGGCCACUACAAUUACGCGAUACGGGAGACGGCCGCGAAAAUUGUCAGCGAUCGGGCCGUUAAUGAUGGGUCGACAAUCGACACGCUGCUCUGGGGAGUCACGCGCGAGGACUAUAACGAGCGCAUGAGGAGCUUGCGCACACUUGCGCUUAUAACAGAUCACCAGAGUCUACCGUUGCUUCACACGGACAAAGCAUACUCCGCCUUCGUCAGAUCGCUUGAGCUCUGCCUCAAGGAUGUACAACAAGAGAAACUCAACGACAAAUACUUCGACGAGUACUAUCUCCGUGACAUGGCUGAGAAGCUAUGUCUAAUGUUCGUCAUCCAACUGAUCAACAAAUACGGUCCGGACAAGCUCAUCAGGGCCAAAUUCAUCGAGAAGUGGCUAGCCAAGCAAAAUUGGGGAGAGACACUGGAGGAAAGACAGCGCAAUUUUGUCCAAUACAUGCAAUACAGACAGAACAGGAUCACGGAGAUCUUCCACAGGCUCCAGGAAUCACGCCGAGGACAGGCGGCGCUGAUCAGGUCCAAGCUUAUACCAAAGGAUAGCGCCGACAUUUUAGAUGGAAGUGAUCCCGGUCGAACGCUUGCCUAG